AUGCUUAGACCCACGGCCUUGCUGCUGCUCAUCGCGACGACGACGUUCGCCGAGCCGCAUCGUCGUCGCGUCAGCCAAGCCGCCAAGGUCUACGAGAACAUCGAGGGCCUCCAUCUCGACUCCCAGCCUCCCUUUGACUCGUUCGUUUCCAUUUCUUCUAAUCGAGAAACUAGUUUCUUUUUUUUUCACCUUAGAAGGCUGUUUGACUACGCGUUUGAAAAUUUCCUGGAAUUCUCCUUGAUUUUCCGAAAGAAUAAUUUGAAAAGCUCAACUUGCAAAACUUCCUAGUUUUCGAGAAAUGUGGGCUCAAAUCAACAAAAUGACCUAUUCCAACAGGUUUUCAGGGUUACCUUCCACUUUGAAGGGCCCUAUCUCGAAAACUAGAACCUUUUACAGGGUGAGACUUUUUUGCUACUAACCGCUGGUUUUUAGAAGAUCCCCCAAUAUUUGGUUUGAUCUGAAGUCGCAAAAAUUCGACUCGCUCCUUUUUCCUUCGUUCUAAAGGAACCAGUUAGAGAUCAUUCGCUUCAGUCACCACUGAAUUUAUGAGAAAUUCGGAAAGGUUUUUUAUAAUGGUUAGAGGGACAGUGAGGAAAAAGAAGGGUUUUGGUCAUCUCUGUAGAUUUAUUCGUCUCGAAAUUCAUUUUUAGUAUUUUAAUGAGAAGUUAUUUGGAAUUUACUCUAAUCGCGGCUAAAUUUUUGAGACAUUUUGGCAAGAAAGUGAAAAAUGUUCAGAUGUCUUUGUAGGUUUUUUAUCUCGAACUCUAGAAUGUGUUAUUAAUUUGCACCUAUCUGAGUUAUCAAUGUAACUAUAAAUUCCCAACCAACGUUUCUGAAUAACCUAGCACUCACCACUGGUUCUAGAAAAAUUUCGAAAAUAAAAUUGAGUCAGCCCGCGGAUAGUAGAAGUUUGAAAAACUCUUGUGAAAAAUUUAUUUUUUUCUCGUGAGAAAAAUUUUCAAGUGAGAAUUUGAUUGAUUAUUGAUUAUUUAGUUUGAUUGAGCUUCAAACAGUUAGCUAAAUAUAUUCUUGUUAUAUAUAUAUAUAUUUAUUUUUUUAUGCCUUCUUUUUGACUCAUUCUUUUUACAUUUCUCGAACAAUUAGGAAACUAGUCGAGGAUUGUUUACAGCACUGACUUCAGGGAAAAAUUUGAAAAAGGUUCUUGAGGCGAUUAGUUGGAGAGACAAUUUGCGAAUAGAGGAGUUUCGGAAGUUCUUUCACAAUUUAUUUUUAAACAUUUAUUUAUCAAUAAAUUUUAUUUGAAGUGGGCAGCUCAUGAAAUAUGAAUUAUAAUUGAAAGUUGAAAAAAAUUUUUUUUUAUGGUUAUCCUCCAGGAACCACUUCGCUUUUUUUUCACUUUGGGGAACUAAAGCUUCCAAAAGUGGCCCCUUUAGGGUCUCCCUUAUAUUUUUAUUGGCCACUUAAGUGGUUAAAAACUAGUGGCCACUAUAGAGAUCUAAGUGCUUUUACUAGACCACUAAAAUUUUUAGUGGCCACUUUAGGGGUCAAUGGGUCAUCAUAACUGGUCCAAUCUGCUUGUUUUAACAUUAUCAGAGUUACUGGAAGGAAUAUUGGCUGAAAAACUACUGAAGUGGCCACUAAAACGGAAAAUAGGGGCCACUAUAGAGGUGGGUUCAGUGGCCACUUUAGUGUCCUCUCCAAGUAGUCUUUUGCGAGCCUCUAUAGUGGUCACUAAAAAUUUUCCCAGUAGAGAGCGUCUUUGAGCCAGUGAGAAAAACAACAUUCUCGUUGAAGAAAAGAAGAAAUCGCGUUCGUCAAAAGGACAACUGAAAGCUCAAUCGAAUCUUCUACCGAGACGACGUCCAAAGAGGUGACGACUACAACCGAAGAAGCCACGACGACGACCAAAAAAGAAACGACCGAAGAAAACGUCGAAGACGGUUGGUCUUCCAGCUUUCACAACUUGAAGUAGAUAAGCUUUUCAAAAAUAGUAAAAGUUUAGUUUAUUGAUUUUUGAAAAAAUCGACGUCAAAUCAAAAUGAUUCAGUGAUACAGAAGCUGCUGGAGGGCGCCUUGGACCUGCAGAAUCUGACGAAGGCCGUCGAGCAGGAACACGCCGAGUCGCUGGAAGAUGAAGCUAAUAGGUUCGAAAUUGAUUAGCUUUACUUAGGGACGUCAGAGUGGUCACUAUAGGGGUUAGGAAAAUCCGCAUCUAGAGUAGCCGUUUUUGCAAACUUUAGAGCUUCUAAAAGGGGAGUUGAGGCGGAACUACGAAAGCCUAAAAGGUAAGGUUGCCCCUCUAGUGACCAUUUUGGCGUUCCUAAGACUCAUUUUGAAUUAAAAAAAGGUUUUUUCAUAUCAAACUGUGGCGAUUUUUAUUUUUAAAAUUUUCAAAAAAGAUAAUUUUGCUCUCAGGUUUUGUUGGUUAAGCGUGCCUUUUGUGUAAAUUAUUUUUUAUGUAGGUUUUUUUUAAAAAUAUAAUGAUUUUUUUUGCUAGCCCAAGUUUUUCAGCGUGUUUUCAACACAGAAAACGGUUUUUUGUGAAUCGUGAUUUUUCAAUUUUUAAAACCCUCAGGUUUUUUCCCAUUAUUUUUUUUUUCAAUAUCCUAGGUUGCACGUCUAUCUUUGAGGAGAUAAUUCACUCUUUUUUGCAAAAAGUCGAAAAAAUGAUUUCCUUCACAAAAAAGAUGCAACAUGUUUUACUGUCGAAACUACAAAUUAGGCCUUUAUGAAUUUUCAUACCGCUUUAAUUCCUUUUUUUUCAAACCUUGAGAGAGUUUCAGAACGGUCCUCUGGAUCGACGCCAGCUACAAGGCGAUGGACUACAAUCUCUCUGUAAACGAAUAUCCAGAAUGUAUCGAAUGGCAAAAAUAUUGGGCCGCCUUGGAAAAUGCCACCGUUAUCGUCGUUUCUGUCAGUUUUUGCCCUUUUCCCACAAAAAAAAUAUUUAUUUCAGAACGAAACGCUUUUGAAUGAAACUAUCCCGAAAUUGGUCGAACCGCCCGAAGAACUUCAAGAAUCCGAACUGGUAACCACCAAAAAACGGCUCAAGGCCCUGGGAUUGAAUCCAGAACUUCUGGAGAUUCAUAAGGUGAAAUUUCGAAUUUUUAAUAAGCUUUUUUUGAAUGGCUGCAGUGAUAGAGAUUUUGAAAUUUGAAAAAAAAAAUUUUUCUACUCGACUUUCCACUUUCUAGCUUCUUUUAUAAGUUAAUUUUUUUAAUUUUCAAUGUUAGUAUUUGACACGCUUCUAAAAACACUGUAAAGGGCAAAAUUAUGAAUUUAACACGAAAUUUUUUUUUUCAUUUCAAGGUAAUUAAUUUUUUUCAACGCUCGGUUAUUCCGCAAAACUUUGUGAUCCAUUGGCGAAUCUCAGAAGACUUUUUGAAUCCCUAAAACUGCGUCAUUUUUCGAGGCCACCCCCAGAAUUCUUUCAUUUAUUGUCAUAAUAUGCGUUCUUAGUUGCUUUAUAAUAUUCAGAAAUAAAAAAAGUUACCCAGAAACUUUCAAGAAAAAACAAUAUUUUUAUCUGUUUUCGGCCACAAAUGCGUUUUGAAAACUGUCGUCAUACAUUCUUAUUUCUUAAUUCUCAGUACUUUCUUUCAUGUAGGAUUGUUAAGCAUAGUCGAUUGUAUGUUUCCCUCAAAUUUUUUUCCAAAUCGAUGGAAGAAAACUGUUUUAAAAUAUACAAAACGAAAAUGACGACGUUUUUUGAAUAGCGAAGUGGGCGUGGCUUUGCGGUCCCUAGCUAAAAACGAUCUUAAUUUUUUUUUGAACCUGCGAAAAGUCUCCACUGAAAUUUUUUUAUUCGAAGCCUUUUUCAGUUUUUUGGCCGUUUUCUAGAUUUUUUCCCAGCAUUUUUUUUCAACUUUUUCAACUUUUUUUAAAAGAACAAAAACUUUUGUUACAAAAGACUGUAAAAUUGCGCUAUUUUCGAUUCUAGAUUCUAGAAUUUUUCGAAAGUUUCAUUUUUUUAUUCCAAUCAAAAAGAUUUCUUUUAAUUAUCUGUUUUAUUGGCUUGUGAAUUGUUUAAUGUAUGGUUCCUCUAUCUUUACUUUACUUUCUCACAAGAAAAAUGAAUUUCCCACCAAAAAUUUCAGUUGCGGUCGUUUUUUUGUGAGAAUUUAAUAAAAAAACUGACGAGUCGCAUCAAUUUUCGGUCGAAAAUUCCUUGAAAAAUUGACCAGAGAACUCCUUGACUUACCAGCAAAAAAAUUCACAAAGUCUUAAUUUUUUUAAAAACUUCCUAGUAUUCGAGAAAUAAGGCCUCAAAGCUUCAAAAAUAGUUGAUUUUUAAAGGAGGUAUCCUUUCUUGAAAACUAGAAAGCUGUGCAGGUUGAGACUUUCAGAAUCGUUUUCUGGUACAUCUAGGAGUUUUCUGGCCAAUUUUCAUGAAAAUCCCAGCUCCAAAGUAAUAUGACCUCCUUGUGGGCAAAGAUAAAAAAAGUUAACAAUUUUCGCGAAAUGUUCGUUAUUUCAAAUAAAUAAUGAGUUUCCAGGCAGUCGGAUUGGUUUUCCGGGAAAUAUGCGGCAACCACGGCAGAACCCUGUGGUUUCGGACGAGAGAAGACGCCAAAACCAUAGGAAUCGACGAAGAUUCCCUCAUUUGCGAGCCUUUCAAAGUAAAAAAAAACCUGAAAUUCGAUAAAUUCCUGUAUUAAGGAAGAACUGAACCCCGAUAGAACUACUCUAGCCGCCCUCGCUUUGAAAUUGAACGAGAGAAUCCAUAAUAUAACCCACACCGGAAGGGCCGACGGAAAUGUCACGUUUGAUGACUCAUCGGGCAACUUUACACAAGGUUGCAGUUUCAUCGACAUUUUAAAUUUUGCUAAGUUUUCAAGGACCAAUUCUCUCUUCCAGGUUUGCAAGAAUUUGAGAUUGUCAAAAUCGGUUCAAUUCACGGCGUUUUUGUUAGUGGAAAGUUAGAAGGCUGGUAGACCUAUUCUCGUUUGACUUUUGAUAGUUUCAGCUCCUUCGAUUGUUUUUUUCUUGAGUUUUUGCAUUAAUUAUUCAAUUGAAGUCAUUUUCGAUUUUCUGUAGUCCAAAAAUUUCGAAUAACGCGGAGAUAAGGCAAGAAAAAGCGAUAUAAAAGCGAUAGAGUAGCCUACCGUAGCCUCAGGUGUAGCUUUUGCUUUCGCUGCGAUACCUCACUUUUUAGAUCUUCAAAAGUUUUUUGAUUGUUUUAAGGUGGCGAGACCUAUUUUCUAUGAUUUUUCUAAUUGAAUCGACGCUUGCUGUUGCGCAUAACUGGAAUAAUUUGAAAAUUAAGUAUAAUUUACUGUGAAAAGACUUUUAAGCUCGUUUUCGUGGGAAUUUUGAUAGUUUCAGCUUAAUUUUUCGGAUUUUCUUCAAGUUUUUUGCAGUCAUCAGUUACUGAACGCCGGCUUAAUAUUUCUUCAGUCGAAAAAAUCGAUUAAGACGGAGAUAAGGCCGAGAAAUAGCGAAAAGAAGACGGAAGAAUAGCCUACCGUAGCCUCAGGCGUAAUUUUUGCUUUCGUGGCGAAACCACACUUUUUCAAUCCUUCAAAGUUUUUUGAUUGUUUUAAGGGGAUUAGACUUAUUUUCUGUAUUUUUUCAGAACUAAUGAAUGCUCGUAGUAAAGUUCCAUGUCAAAAAUUUGGGGAAUACAUGGAUUGCUCUGUUAAAAGACGUUUAGGCUCGUUUUCGUGUGAAUUUUGACAUUUUUAGCUACUUUGGUUGGAUUUUUCUUGAGUUUUUGCAUUAAUUAGUUAUUGAACGUCAGUUUCUAUUUUCUGAAACCGAAAAACAUUCAUUAAAACAAAGACAAAGUCAAGAAAACCGAAAUAAAAACAGAGGUAGAAGUCUACCGUAACCUCAACCCUAGUCUUUCUUUUCGCGGCGAAACCUGAGUUUUGAGCUGUUCAGUUUUUUUUUUGAUUGUUUUAAGAUGGUCAGAUAUAUUUUCUGAAAUUUUUUGAUUGAAAUGACGUAUUCAGUUGCGUUUAACUCGAAUAAUUCAGGAAUUGAGUGGAAGGCACUGGGAAAAGAUUUUUGGACUUGGUUUCAUGUGAAUUUUGACAGUCUCAGCUUCGUCUGUUGCAUUUCACUUGCGUUUUUUGCAGCUCUUAGUUACUGAACGCCAGAUUUAGAUUCUCUGAAGGCGAAAAAACCUAUUAACCCGAAGUCAAGGCCAAGCAAAAGCGAAUUAGAGGCAAAAGAAUAGCCUACCGUAGCCUCAGGCGAUGUUUUAGCUUUCGCGGCGAGGCCGCCUUUUUCAGAUUUUUCAAAGUUUUUUGAUUGUUUUAAGAUCUAUAGGACUGUUUUUUGAAACAUUUUUGAACUAAUGUAUGCUCGUAGUGAAGUUCGAUGUCAAAAAUUUGGGGAAUAAGUGGAAUGUUCUGUUAGAAGACUUGUAGACCUGUUUCGAAAAAAAAAAUUAAAUAACGAUUUUGCAGAGCCAAGAUAUCCGCCGUUCCCACGUGACGUCAUGGGAACGGCAGAAAUUCCGGUUCUACUGUGAAUCUUUUUAGUGGCCACUAUAGAGGCUCGCCAAGGACAACUUGGAGGGGACACUAAAGUGGCCACUAAACCCACCUCUAUAGUGGUCACUAUUUUCCGUUUUAGUGACCACUUCAGUAGUUUUUCAUUCAGUAUUCCUUCCAGUAACUCUGAUAAUUUUAAGACAAACAGACUGGACCAGUUAUGUCGAUCCAUUGACCCCUAAACUGGCCACUACAACUUUUAGGGGUCUAGGAGUACCACUUAGACCUCUAUAGUGGCCCCUAAUUAUUAACCCCUUACUUGGCCAAUAGUUUGACUACUCUAGUGGCCAUUAAAACGUCAAAACCCUAUAGUGGCCACUUAAAAUUUUCGCAGUAAGAGCGUAAAUAACAGUACAUAUUAAAGGCGCAGGCUGCCGUAUUGCCAGAUUUAUUUGAAACGAAUCGAAAUUCCUCUACAUAAACGCGACUUUUCUGCGCGGAAGCGGCGCAGUGCAUGCACACGACACAUCACACUUCACGGUGAAAAAGUGGGCGUGGCGUCGUCGAAAAAACACCGUGAUUUUCCAUAAAAAGUUCCCAAAACACAAAAACGAAUGAAUAGAUGCUAUUGAACUUGAAUUAAAAAUUAAGUUCGAAAUUCACUUUUUAUCUCUAUUUCCCAGUCAUUUAUCGAUUUUUCUUAUUCCAUCUUUUUAAAAAAUCGAAAAUUCCAAAUUUUUCAAGCUUUUCUCGAUUUUUUACAAUGUCGAGACGCUUUAAAUAUGAUUGUUCAGAUUAAAAUAUCAUGAAUUUUCUUCCGAAAUUCCGAAUUAAAGUAACUUUAAGAAGAAAACCUUUAGGUUUGUUUUUUCACAGUUCGCGUAAAACACAGAGUCAGAGGUCAUUUUGAUUUACGACUUGAAAUUUUCUAAAAAUUUGCUCAAACGAUUUCUGAAGGUUUAUAUGAAAGUCCAUCAAAGUUGCAACCGGCGCCAGUUUCUAGUUUUUGAGAUAAUUAAUUUUGAAGUUCUAAAAAAAGUUAGGCUUGAUAACCAUAUUUCGUAAAUUCGAAAAAUCAUCCGUCAAAAACUACAAGUUUGCGCAGGUAGCGACUACGAAGAAUCUUCAUGUAAACAUUCAAAAAGUGUUUGAGCAAAUUUAUAAAAAAUUCAAAACUGUAAAGUAAAAUGAUCUCUUGUGAGUCUGAAAGUCAAAAAAAAAAUUUUUUCCCUCAUAACUUAACUUUGAAACAGGUAAAAAGUUUUCACCUCCUAAUUACUGAAUACUGUAGAUCAUGAAGAAGCCAACGGCCUUCUGGAAGCCGUCACUGGAGAAACUUUGGCCGAAGUGACUACUGUAGCGCCUCCCGAGACAACUAUUGUGAGGCUGACCUCAGAAAAUGAUUAAAAACAGAAAAACAGAGCACCGUUUACCUGGAAUCUUCUGAUAAGAUCAAUUUGACGGAUUUCGAAGAAGAAACGACUUCCACAACCACCACGACUACCACUGAAUACCCCAUUAAUCAUCACGAAGAUAUAAAAGUCUACGAUGACGACAUCUGGGACUACCACGACCUCGAGUGAGUCCGACCUCAUCUCCAAAAAAAGAAAAAGGGGAAAAAUCAGGCGCCGAUUCAAGGAACAGAAACUGAACCAGCAUCUGGAAGAGGUGCUCCCUCAUCGCAGAAGACGGCAUCGGAAGAGGAAAAGCGUCUUGAUGCGGAUGAGGGUGAAGAGAGACACGGAGAAGGUCAAGGAUUCCGACGUCGGCGAGGACGAAAGCGAGGACGACUGGAUCAAUGUCGUGAGUUUUUGAAGGAAAAAAGGGCCGAAAAAUGAGACAAACGCAUUUGCGCUCCAAGGAUAAAUUGUGGAAAAAGGGCCCAAUAAUGAACUUAAAGGGUCAGUAGUCCUAAUUUUCGAGUAGUUAUGUAAAUUUGAAAUCUGGAUAAGAGCGAGUACGGGGUCAAACUUUUCAUGAUUACUCCCUCAGUUUUGAUACGGGGUCGCACUUGGAAUGGCUUGAAGCGUCGCGGUCUGAUUACCGUCAAAAUAAGCCCUAAAAAUGACUCGAAAAGCUUGCUCUAAUGUUUUACGGUGUCUCUGCGCGCGAACCGUUUCGAGUCGGAUGCAAACGGCUUCGCGCGCGUUUUGACAUCCUAAAUGUGACCAAGGCUUGUCGCGUGAAAUGCUUGGGCGCAGACUGCGUCAUUUGAGUUUAGGCUGAGUUGGAUUAAAAAUUGGAUUUUUAAGAUUUUUGAAGUGAAACCAGUGGACGUUUUUUUUAAGAAAUCUAGUCCGGAUCUGUAAAUAAAUCGUUAAUUUUGCCAAGAGAAAAAUCCGACCCUGAGCUUCUUUUCGGAAUCUUUUUUAAGCCUCGAAACAUAGAAUGCCAUGAAUAAACAACAGAAGAAAAAAAGAGAAACUUGAAAAAAAUAACAUUCGGAUAAUAUUUGGAAACUAGAAAAAAAUUAAUUUUUAAAUUAUAAAAAAAUUUAACGGAACCUUUUCGAAGUGACAUUUAAUUUUUUUGAAGUGUCUCAGAAGGCCUUUGAAUUGAAUAUAAAUUUCAACUUCACGGUCUACUUUUUAUUUUGCACCUUUUCGGACUUUUUUCAAAGCAUUUCUGAAGAAGCUGGAGUGAAUAAAAAAAAUAUAAAUCUUCGAAAAUUUUGUUUUCCAGAGACAAAUCAUCAAAACGGAAGACGGAGAAACGACGGUGGCCAUCGUGGAAAGUUCGAAAAAAGAGAAAUCAGGAGACGAGGAGGAAGUCGACUAUCAGCAUUGGAUCGAAAUCGAUGCCUCAGAUGCUUUGAAGUGAGAUUUUUUUGUUUUGAAGAAUUUUCAGGGCAGUUUUCAUAUAUCUGAUACUAUAAAAGCCGUUAAAAAAAAACAAAAGCGCUCCAUGGCUAAUUCUAAAAUUUCCUUCUUUCUUCAUUUUUAUAAAAAUAAGAUCUGCAGGAAGAAUAGAUUAUAAAAAAAUCUCCAGCUCAAAUUUUCGACCUUGAAAAGUAUGUUAAUUGUGGAGAAAGCUUUAAAAAAAUUGUAUUUCGAAAAAAAAAAGUUAAAACUCACGUUACUGUUUCUAGACUUUUAUAUUUUUCGUUUGGUACUACUGAACUUUUUUUAAUUGCCUCUUUCGUCUGCAAUCAUAAAAAUCAAUAAUCCACAUAAAAUGAAUUUUUGAAAAAAACUGCGACGGCAUUUUUUUAAUAAUAAUAAUCUUCAAAAUAACACGAUAAGUUUUGAAAUGGCGCCAAAAGUAUAGUCUGUGUGCCAUGACUCGAAAUUUCACCGAACGACAUUCCGCUGUUCCGCUGCGUGCGUUCGCGAAGCGUCUUUCGAAUCUUGGUCACGAUUUCAAUUGAUUGUUAUUGCUUUGGGAGCACAGGAAAGUAGAUUACCUUGAUAAUAGGAAAAAAUUGGAAGCGCGACCGAGUUUCGCAAAGGCGCGCAGCGGAACAGCGGAAUAUCGUUUGGUGAAAUUCCGAGUCGCGGUACACAGGCUAUACAUUAUAAACGAAGAGAAAGGGAAUAUAUUGAAUUUGGUGAGAGAAAUGUUGCAGCCCAACUCUCCUGAUCGCCUCGGAAGAAGCGCUCGACGCCCUCCAUUUGGAAAUCGACAAGAAAUCUUUCAGUCGCUUUGAAAAUAUUGGCCUUUAUUUGCCGGGAAUCUGUGCCGAUUACGUCCCCAAGGCGAUCGACGAGUUCAACAGCAGCAGUUUUGAAGGUGCUCCGAAAAUCAAAAAAGCUAUAUUUUAAUCAUUCCCAGGAGUUGAGAUCGAAGGACCGAUUGGAGUCAAUAUUUCGGCGCUGGAAAUGGCCGGAGUCAAUUUGACGGCUUUGGCCGAGAAAUUGAGGAAUGAUACGGAAGUCGACGAGAUCCUGGCCAGGACCAACGCUUCUAAUAAGUAAAAAUAUUAUUAUUUUUCUCGAGGAAGACCUGAAAAGCCACUGUAAAGCUUCUGAGCUUCUGAAAAAGGCUUAAAAUGACCGAAAAGCUCUUUUUUUUAAAGUUUCGAACCGGUUUCUUGUUUCUCCUUUUGAAAGAAGUCUACUAGACUCUGGGAAUUUUUAGUGGCCACUAUAGAAGUCGGAGUGGCCCCUUAAGUGUCUAAGAAUUAGUGCCCUUUUUAGAAGACUAACCGGUACUACUAGACCCCUAAAAUUGCUGUAGUGGCCACUACCAAGGUGGUUUUAGUGGCCACUUCAGUGCCUUCUUCAAGUAGAAACCUCUUAAGUGGCCACUAGAGUUUUCCCAAUGAUCUCCUGAGCUUUUCUAAAGAAAUUUGACAAGCUGAAUUUUUUUUAAUGCUUCGAAAAGCACUCGGAAAACUUCCUCCUUAAAAUUCUCAUAUUUCUUUCUGAUUUCCCCAUUUUUCUCAAAAUUCACAAAAAAUCUUUGAAAUUCCGAGUUCAAGCACCUUUUCCAGAAACCUCGGCGGGAGCUUCAUCCUGCCGGUCCUCAACAAAAACCAGUACGAUCCUUUCUCGGCGCCCAUCGUUUUCCAAGGCAGCGCCGUCGUCGUCCGAUUCGGAAUCUAUAUAGAGAGCAUGAGCAACUUUCAGACCACAACUAUGGUGAGCUGGCCGUUUUCAGAACAAAAAAUAAAAAAAUGUGGAUUUAUCAUUUUUCUUUCCACUUCAAAACUUUCUUAGAGGGGUGGUCGAUGUUCCUUGAAAUCUCAUGGGAUUUUUUUAUGAUUUUUUUUAGAGUUUUUUUCAAGUUUUUAAUUGUUGAGAUGAGACUUAUUCAAGAAUAUUCCACAUGAUCUAAAAAAGUGCUAUCGAAAAUUUUGGGAAUCGAGUUAAAUUAUUGGGAACUGGGGGUUAAAGGAAGCCAUCAGUAAACUUAACAGAACGACGAUACUCAGGGAAACUUUCAACCAUCUUAAUAGCUUCAGAGUGGCCCCUAUAGUGACCACUUGAUCUUUAGGGGCUCACGGUCUGACCUUUUUUUCAUUUACUCUAUUUCUUCAGUUUUUCGUGCACAAAAAUUUUCUGUUUCACUAGGGAUAUAGAAAAUUUCAGUUGAGAAAAUGAGACUAAUCAGUAUUUGUAUUACCGAAACUCCCGUAAGGAUGUUUAAAGGAGCAUAGACAAAUUUCAAAAAAAGGUUCUGAGACGAAAAAACCUCUGAAUGUUUAUUUUGAGCCAUACAGACACUUUUAAAAUAACAAAAAGAACCUUUUUCAGACUUUUUCACGAUCAAAAGCCAUUUUACAAAUUUGAAAGCUUUUCUGGUUCAAAAAAAAAUAUUUCAACUUCAGAAUUUCCACAAAAAUCAAUAAUUUUUGAGGACUACGACAUGGACAUAUACCUGAUGAUGUCGUGGAGGGACGCCAGACUCGUAAAUCCUUACGAUAAGCCGAUUUUAGUCAAAGUUUGACCAGUAAAGUGUAUUUCAAAAAAAAAAAAUCGAUUUUCCAGGAAGAAGACAUUUUGGAGAAGAUCUGGCGUCCCGACCCAUUUUUUGCCAACGCCAAAGAAGCCGAAUUUCAUGAAGUCACUUUUUUGAAUUUUCUGAUGCGAAUAUUUCCCGAUGGGUUGGUCCUUUAUGAGACGAGGUGAGGAAAAGUGGACCGGGAAAUGAUGAUUUUUCUUGAUUUUAGGGUGAAAAUCAAACCAUCUUGCAAUUUGAUCCUGUGCAAGUAUCCGCACGACAAACAGACCUGCGAUUUGUUGAUCAAAUCUUGUGAGUUUUUGGAAGUUUUCGGUCGCAUUUGGAAUGGCUCAGAAGCUUAGUGGUUAGUAGGAAAGUCAGGUGAAAAAAGAGGAAUGCAAAAUUUUGGAUUUUUGAAUUAUGUAGCUUGUUUCCCAUGAGAUUUUACAGAAAAAUUCGAAAAAUGAAGAAAAAAAGAGUAAUUUUUUCGAGAAAAAAAACCUGCUUUUUUCAAAAUUCAUGUAUAGUUUAAAGUGUGGCUAUGAGACAAAACUUCAUUUUUUCAAUUUUUUUAUUUUGCAAAUAGAAUCGAGACAUCACUUUUACUUUUUUAUGUCAUGCCAGAUCAUUUUUUAAGGCUCAAACAUUUUUUGUGUCGAUUCCUAGAGACGCCAGAGUGGUCCCUAGAGGGGUUAGGGAGAAAAGCCCCUAUAGGGGACAAAAUGUAGCUCCCUAGAGGGCUAUAAUUCAAGUGGUCCUUAUAGAGUUCUGUCGUCUGACUUUAAAGCUCAAGUGGUCUCUAUAGUGGUUAUUUCUUUUUUUAAUGACUUAAAAAAAUAAAUACUCAUCAAAAAUACGUAUAGGGACUUCAAACCUGCCCCCCUAGAGUGACCACUAACUAACCUUUGCAAGCUUUAAGGGCCCCUAUAGGAGAAGGUAAGGGGCUCCUACAAGGGUUCUUUCGAAGGCCCCUAAAGUGGCCACUAACGAAAAACCCUAGAACGAUCAUGUUAGCAUGCUUUAGUGCGCCUUUUUGUGAGAGAUGAAGGGCUAUUGAAGGGAGCCUUCAAGGGCCCCUAAAGUGGCUCCUCUGUCUUUGAAUCUUCUCUGAAACUCCAUAUUUCCAGUUGCCUACCCCAUCGAAACAGUUCGAUUCGAAUGGUUCACAAAAAGAAAAGACGCAAUCGACAAAAAUCCGGACGUCAAAUUACCCGAACUUUACAUUGACCGUUAUGAAACCACAACAUGUGGUCAUUCCAGGAAAUCUGGUAUUUUAUUCAUUUCUUAUAAAAUAAUUUGAUAAAUCAUUCCAGGCGAUUUUUCCUGUUUGAGAGCCGUUUUUCGGUUAAAACGCGACGUUGGUUUUCACAUUGCGCAGACUUAUAUUCCGACUUCUUUGGCCUUGAUGUUUUCAUGGGUAAGUUUUAAAAUCAUCGGGUUUUAGUCAUUGAAGAUAAGCGAGAGUAAAGCGAGAUCGCUUGGCGCUAUAUUUGACGACCUCGCCAAAAAGGCUGCUUUUUAGCCGCGCGAUAUCGCUUUUUCUCGGCGCUAUAUCGCUUAUUAGUGAGCGCGGUAUCGCUUUUUUUUCUCUUCGCGAUAUCGCUUAUUAAUGAGUGCGAUAUCGCAUUUCUCACGCUUUUCGCACGUAGACCAGCGUGGCUACAACGCAGUACUUUUGCGAAGUCUUAAUGAUACCGUUAGCGUUAUCGCUUUUAUCUCGGCGCGAUAUCGCUUUUUUUUUCUCGUCACGAUAUCGCUUUUUCUCGGCGCUAUAUCGCUUUCAUCUCGGCGCGAUAUCGCGUUUCUCUUGCUUUUCGCACGCAGACCAGCGUGGUUACAACGCAGAACUUUUGCGAGGUCAUAGUAUAACGCUAGCGAUAUCGCUUUCCUCUCGACGCGAUGUCGCGUUUCUUUUGCUUCCCCGUAGUUCAGCGUGGAUACAACGCAGAACUCUUGCGAUGUCGUGAUGAGCGAUAUCGCUUUCAUCUCGCCGGUUAUUUCUAGUGGUACUACCAAAAAGUUCGAAGAGUUUUCCGCGAUAUUCAAAAAUCGUUUUUUAAAAUUUUCUCUGAUUCUCCAAAACUUAGUUAUUUCUUCGAAGGUUAUUUGAGCUGUUACCUCGUCAGAUUUUUGUUCUGGAACCCUUGGAACUUUCAAAUUUUCAGGUCGGGGUCUGGUUGCCAGAAGAGUUCAUGGAAGGCCGAAUCGGUGUAGCAAUUACAGUGCUUUUGACCCUUUCUACGGAGUCUGCAGGUGCUAGGGAACAUCUUCCCAGCGUUUCUUAUCUCAAAGUUGGUUUUAUUGGGAUUUGUUAAAAAUCGUUUUAUCUUGAGAUUUCGGUCCUUAUUUCUAAAAGUUUUCGAAUUUUCGUACUGUAAAAAAAUCAAAAAAUUUCUUCUUGAAGCCUUGGUAAAACUUAGGCGUUUUAAAUUUGAUUUCUACUUCUUUUAGAACUUGAAAAGUUCUUAAGAAUGUGGUUUCCAUACUUCUGUUGCUUUAAAACAUCAUCAUUUUCAACUUUAUCUGACUAAAUUCUGAAGAAAAAUGAUUUUUAUUUAUUUCUAGAGUCAGGCUCUUUUUCGGCUUCAUCUCGAGGUCCGAGAAAAUAGGGUUUUGAACUUAAAAAUCUUUCUCAAAGAACUUCGGAAAACUUAUUGAAGCGAGAAGUUUUUUCGAGCUUUAAAAGACUUCAAUUUUCAAAGUCUGAACUUCAACUCGAUUUGGAUUUCCAGGCCAUAGAUCUUUGGUUCGGAUUCAUCACGGGCUUCGUCUUUUUCACACUCCUUCAGACACUUUUCGUCAUCGGCUUUGAUAAACGCGCUAAUCAGUUGGUCAGUGAAUUUUUCGAUAAAAAAAGUUCUACCUAGGAACGCCAGAGUGGCCCCUUAAGGGGUUAGAAAAAUCACUAGAGUGGACGGAAUAGCCCCUUACGGUAAAUCUUAGUGAAAAUGCUUUUUUCUCAUACCAUAACGAGUAGCAUGGUCUCCUAUAGGGGCCACUUUUUCAAAAUCUCGUUUCCCUGUACGGGGAGAUGAGGUGGCCCCUAGAGGGUCCCUUCAAGUGCCCUGAAAGUUGCCGCUCUAGGGAGCACUCUGCCGUCCCUAAAUACCUCAGUUUUGCAUUUUUCAAUGUUUCCAAUUGUUUCUUGUGAAAAUUAUAACAUUCCAGAGAAAAUGGGCGGGUCGGAAAAAGUCGGACAUGACGGAAGAAAUCCGAGAAGCGCUGAUGACAAAAGCGACCAGAUAUCAUAAAACUGGGCGGUUUGUUUUUUUUUAUAGUAUAUUCGAAUUCAGAAGAGGGUUGUUCGGAUUUUUGAAAUGUGAUUAUUGUUGUAUAAUGCGAUAUAUACAACUUUUAGUUACUAAACUAUUUACUUCAUACAAAGGUAAAAACAAAGACAAAAACAAAAGUCCUCCGCGAUUGCGCAGAAGUGAAACUGUGAAGGUGGCCUGCACAUCUUAAUUAUGCGCGGCAAUUUGAAAUGGUGUAGAUUUACGGGGUGAAAUCUAGCCACUACAACAAUUAUAAAUAUCGAAAACUAGCAUGGGAGGCCAUUUUGGCGCAGUGGCUUUCGUGGUAGCCUGCGGAGCCUGAGAUGAAGGUUUGAAAUCUUUCAAAAUUGAAUAAAACCUAUUUGACAUGAAAAAAAGGGCUUUUUUUAAAUUCAUAAAGAUCAAGGAAAAAAAUAAGAAAAAAAUUUGGUAUUUUUUUAUAACGGCCCCGACCUGGAGCGACUUCUACAACCUUUGUUAAUUUUUUUAAUUUAAAAAAAGUUGAAAAAAAUUUUUUUUAAAGUUGUUUCUCUUUCUGAAAGUAAAUGUGAGGUUUUUGGUUCGAUUUUUUUCAUUUUUGAAAAAAACUACUGGAAAAAAAUUUUUUCCUUUUUGUAGAUAACAAAUUUCAAGCCGAAAAAAACAAAAAAACUCUUCUCAAAAAAGCCUAUUUUUCGGAGAGAAAUUUGCAGUUUUUCUUCAUUUUUUAAUCACGAAAACCUUCUGAGUAUGUUUUUCAUCAUUAGAAAACGGAUAAAAACCCAGAAAAUCCCCGAUUUUCCAGGUACCUCGACAACUUCUGCCGAGUUUUCUACCCGCUGAGCUUCAUCCUGUUCCUCUUCAUGUACUACUUCGUGUUCACGGAGGGCCGACAGGACGACUGUAUGAAUCGACGUUGA